CUUAUUAUAUAAUAAAAUUGUAUAAUCCUGGGAAUGGACCGCAUGCCUAAUGUCCUAGGAACAACCCCAGAUACAUUUCUAAAAACUAUAAUCAUUGCUCUCAGAAUAAUGAAAUUUUUGGCCACAGCGAUUCUUAAAUGUCAUGUGCAAGGUAAUAAAAGAGUUUCCAUAUGCACAAAUGUAGGGUAUACUCUCACCUAACAGACAAAAUAUUGAAGUGAAGAAGGAAACGAAUCCUUCAGAAGCAGCAAGGAAUACAUUUCUUACCCCAAAGUAUGGUUCUAUGGUGCCACGAAGAAUGAAUUGUAGAAAAUAAAUUCAGAGAAUAAAAUUAAAUUUUUUACUCAUGAAUGAAGACAACUUACUCUUUCUUCCACAUGAUGUCGCUGUCCGCCACGAGAUGUUAUCCAAGCAGGCACAAAGCUAAGUUCUUUUUCUCCCUGGCCCUUGAAAUGCUUUGGGUUUCUUAGUGGGUGAUGCCUAAUAAUGGCGGAUGCUUCAGGCUCCGAUUUAAACAAGCAGUAGAAGACAAGAAGUAUUUUUAUUCCUAGGCAAGAUUCAAUGAUUAGAAUAUUUCCCCAAAUAUUUGCGAUGGUGUUCAGCGAGAGAAAAAGCCUGGGGACCCGGCAGCUGCUCCUCUCAUUUAUUCUUCACACAGUCUGGGAGGUGGGGAGCGGCCAGAUCCAUUACUCGGUGUCUGAAGAAGCGAAACACGGUACGUUCGUGGGGCGCAUCGCGCAGGAUCUGGGUCUGGAGGUCGGGGAGCUGGUGUCGCGGCUGUUCCGCGUUGUGUCCAAGGGCCCCAGAGACUACCUGGAGGUAAAUGCGCAGAACGGCAUUUUGUUUGUGAAUUCGCGGAUCGACCGUGAGGAGCUGUGCGGCCGCAGCCCUGUUUGUAGCAUUCAUCUGGAGGUGAUCGUGGACAAACCGCUGCAGGUUUUUCACGUGGAGGUGGAGAUCAAGGACAUUAAUGACAACCCGCCUCGGUUCUCUGUAAAACAAAAGAAUCUGAGUAUUGCAGAAUCGAGGUUAGUUGACUCUCAGUUUCCGCUAGAGGGCGCGUCAGAUGCAGAUAUCGGAGUCAAUGCUCUUUUAAUUUAUAGGCUCAGUCCCAAUGAGUAUUUCACUCUAGAUAUAAAAAACGAGGAGGAAAUUAAACUUGCAUUAAAAAAACAACUAGACAGAGAAGAAACUCCAGAACUUCACUUAUUGCUUACAGUCACUGAUGGGGGCAAACCAGAACUAACUGGAACAGUUCGGCUACUGGUUACAGUGCUGGAUGUCAACGAUAAUGCCCCCGAAUUUGACAAAACAGUCUACAAAGUGAAAUUACUAGAAAAUGCAUCCAGCGGAACUCCAGUAAUUCAACUAAAUGCUACAGAUUUAGAUGAAGGAUUAAACAGUCAAAUUACUUAUUCAUUCACAAGUGAUAUUUCUCCAGAUGUAGAGGCCAAGUUCCAUAUAGACCCAGUAAGUGGAGUUAUAAAUGUAAAGGGACAUGUUGAUUUCGAGGAAAUUAAAUUAUAUAAAAUUCAAGUAGAAGCCACUGACAGGGGGUCUCCUCAGUUGGCUGGUCAUUGCAGGGUCAUGGUAGAAAUUCUGGACACCAAUGAUAAUACCCCUGAAGUAGUGGUGACAUCGUUGUCACUACCAGUCCGAGAGGAUGCCCCUCCAGGUACAGUCAUUGCUCUCAUCAGCGUGUCCGAUAGAGAUGCAGGAGCCAAUGGACAAGUAACUUGCUCUCUGUACCCCCAGGGACCGUUCACGUUAGUGUCCACUUUCAAAAAUUACUACUCCCUAGUUUUGGAAGGCCCUAUAGACCGAGAAAGCACGUCGGCCUAUGAGCUAGUGGUAACUGCGAGGGAUGGUGGAACGCCAGCACUAUGGACCACUUCCAGCUUGUCAGUGGGCAUUGACGACGUGAAUGACAAUGCACCUACCUUUGAGCAGCUCGUGUAUACAGUGUUUGUAAAGGAGAACAAUCCGCCGGGUUGUCACAUCUUCACAGUAUCAGCCUCAGACCCGGAUGCACAGGAAAACGCUCUCGUAUCUUAUUCACUGGUAGAACGGCGAGUAGGGGAGCGCCCGCUGUCGAGCUACGUGUCUGUGCACUCGGAGAGCGGGAAAGUGUACGCUUUGCAGCCCCUAGACCACGAGGAACUGGAGCUACUGCAAUUCCAGGUGAGUGCCCGGGAUGCAGGUUUUCCUCCUUUAGGCAACAACGUGAGCCUCCAGGUAUUCGUGCUGGAUGAGAACGACAAUGCACCAACGGUGCUGCCGCCUCAUGCGAAUGGGGGCUCAGCGAACGAAUUGAUAUCACAGUCUGUGGCUGUGGGUCAUGUAGUGGCAAAAAUCCGGGCUGUUGACGCAGAUUCAGGCUAUAAUGCAUGGCUGUCUUAUGAACUGUUGUCCAAGAUGGGCGUUGGGAGCAAUGCUUUCCGCGUAGGUCUGUACACUGGCGAAAUCAGCACCACUCGAGAUUUGGAAGAAUCAGACUCAAGAAAACAGACGUUACUAGUUCUGGUGAAAGACCACGGUGAACCUAUGUUGUCUGCCACAGCUACUGUCAUCGUGUCGAUAGUGGAAGGUGGAUUAUCUACGAAGACCUUUUCUGGGGUGUCCAGGUCUUCUGCUUCUGCAGUCUCUGGGAAGGACACAGUUCUGGUAGAUGUGAAUGUAUAUCUGAUCAUUGCUAUCUGUUCGGUAUCCAGUCUUUUGGUACUCAGCCUGCUUCUGUAUGUAUUGCUGCGUUGUGUACCCCAAAGGGGUGAGUACGGAAAUGGAAAACCUAUGCUGGUGUGCUCUAGUGGGACAGAGAGCUGGUCGCAUUCCCAGCAGCGGGGCCAGAAAGGUUUUUCCGGGGAAGGGGCGGCCAAGAAUGACCUCAUGGCUUUUAGUCCGAACUUUCCUCCUUGUCCUGGCUCUGUGCAUAAAGGGGAACAGAAGGAAGCAACUGCAAAUUCAUCUGACCAGGUGGGUUAUUUGAGAUAUUUUGUCUGUGACAAUACUAACUUGGAUAUUGUGAAGCUUGUUUUUCAUGAUGAUUGUUUUCUCCUACAUUAUUUGGUUGUCUUGGUAGAUUGACAAAUUCACUCUUAAUUAUUCCUCUUCCUCCUCUUCCUCCUCCUCCUUCUCCUUUUCCUCCUCCACUUCCUCCUCUUCCUCCUUCCUUCUUGUUUUUGUUCUUCAUUUUUGCUGAGUUUAAAAAGUUGGGCUUCGACCUUCAAUUUUCAAUUUUAGUAGCUCCUUGAAUAUAUUUGUAACCUGAAUGACACUGGAAAUCCCAUAAACAUGUACAGUAUUUUUUUAAAAAAUUAUCUUCGUAAUUGAGCAGGGCCUCAUUAACCAUGUAAUACAAUGCACAGGAAGACAAAAAUCCUUUCUAUGACUUAUCAGAGAAAGGACUAUUUAGCUUAUCCUUGAAUACCUCAUGUGAGGUGGAAUCCUAGUACAUCUCAAGAUAAUUCAUUUCACUUCUGGAUAGUUCUCCUAAUUACAAAGCUUUCCCUUAUUUUCAGCAAAUUUUCACUUAUUACUUACAGGCUUAACCUUUGAAAUUAAGCGUUUAGUCUGGCUUCUACAUGAACUCUUCAAAUAUCACUAGAUAGUUAUACUAUCUCCUGCAAAAAACUCUUUCAGGGCAAGCAUUCCUAAUUCCAUCAGAUAAUCUCCAGUCUUUUAAACUAUUCUAGUCAUCAUCAGUUUUCCAGUUCAAUUUCAUAAGCAGGCUAGUUAGAAUUUAUUACGAAAUAUUUAUACUGGAAUACAACAAUGAAGGAUUUUAUCAUUCCUUAAAAACACUGUGUGUGUGUAUGUGUGUGUUUAUGUGUGUAGUGACACAUAUUUUGGAAUAACAGCACUCUUUUGAGGAUAAGUAUAUAGCAAACCUCACAGUUACUAUGUUUUGUGACUGUUAAAAGAAAUCCUGUCUUUAAAUAUUGUUUCUUAUUCAUAAUUAGAAACUGCAACAUCAUCGUUUAACUAGCAGUCAGUCAGUAAAUUAGAAUUAAGUGCUUACAGUAUGCCAAGUAUUGUGUUGAGCUAAAUGAAC